UUUAGUUGCAAAAGUCUUCUGUUGUUUUGAAAGUUAAUGUAAUUAAUCUAAAACAGUGAUGGCUUGGGCUGACCACUCAUGGAUGGACGGCAUGCCACAGAGGUGGGUGAGAAAUGCUGAGCCAUCUGAAGACCACCGUUUUGACACUGUUGUGCUGCUGGGCAGGAGCAACACCGCCAAACAUGCUAUCAUGAAAGCCAUUGUCGACUAUGAUUAUAGGAAGCCAGACAAAUCAAAGUAUGAAAUAUCAUGUGAGAUAAAUGCAGACUGGCUCAGCGUUGUCGAUACUGCUGACCUCACCCCAAACACCCCAAACUCAGACAUGGAGAAAAAGGUUUUGGAGUAUAUGGACCCAUCAAAUAACUGUCACAGUGUGUUUCUCCUCGUGCUUCAUCAUAUGCCGGUAUCUCAGGAGGAUAUCCGUGUGUUCGUCUACCUGCAGCAGAGGUUUGGACAGAAAAUAUUGGACAGAAUGGUUCCUGUCUUGGUCAACGAAAGGAUACCAUUAGAUGAGGACCAUAACCUUGGAAAGAUUGUUCAUGCCUGCCAUGGGAGAGCAUAUGUUUUCCAUGAUGGAAUGGACAGAAUGGAGCUGUUGGAGGAACUUAAGAACCUUUAUGAAAUCAACAAAAGCGAAGAGAUGCUUGACUUGAAGCCUGAAGACCACAUGUUUGAAGAGGUCUUGCAGAGCGAGCUGACUCCACCUGAGGGACCGAAGGUGGAAAGCAAUGGAAUAGAAGUAAUCCAGGCUGCCUCCAUGCCGGACAUCAAGAGAAACCCCAGAGAAAGAAACGUGAUGACCAUUGUGCUGUUGGGACAGACCGGCGCUGGGAAAAGUGCGACUGGUAACACGAUACUGGCUAGGAGGCAGUUUGAAUCUCGUGCCAGUUCCACAGCUGUAACACAGGAAUGCGAGAGAGCAGAGGGAUUCGUUUGCAGGAUAAAGGUCAGCGUCAUCGACACACCAGAUUUCUUUGACAACGAUCUAAAGAAUCCAAAGAGCCACAUUAAGACAUGUAAAGAACUCUCUCAGCAGGAGCCGGUGGUGUAUUUACUGGUUAUGCACGUGGGCCGUUUCACAGAGGCAGAGAGAGACAGCGUCUCGAAUUAUGAGAAAAUAUUUGGCACGGAAGUGGUCGAAAAGACGGUCGUCCUGUUCACAGGCAAAGAGAAGCUCAAGGGGGGGAGUUUAGGUGACUACAUUAAAUUGGCUGACCCCCAGCUCAGGCGGUUGUUAAAAAAAUUCAGUUUCAGAUAUCACACUUUUAGUAACGAUGACAAAAGUCGUCACCAAGUAAAAAGGCUGAUGGAGAUAAUUAUGGAAAUGCUGGUCAAGCAAAACCAAGACAUAGACAAACUCUACCCCAGUUAUAAGAGGUCAAACACAAACUGUGCAAUCUCGUAGGCCACACUUAAAAACGAGGGGACUGAAAGGUGUUCUACCUGGUUUGUGAUGCCAUAGAAGAAGGACUUUGGUUUCUUGGCAGAACGUUUCAAUGUAUGGUUCUUUAAAGUGAGAAGAUCUCGUGGGAAGUUGGUAUCGAACAUUCAGGGUCUUCAAGGAAAGUGUACCUUUUGUACCUACAUGAUGUAAAUGUUCUAUAUGCAUAUCCAAGUGUAGCAAAGCAGGGUGUGUACUGAGAAGAUUAUUUAAUUAAUUAUUUAAUCAAUCAGUCAACAUUUAGACUCAAGGGUGCAUUGAAAUGAUCUUUAUUUACAAUAUAACUCCAACAUGGCUUGCAAAUAUACAGGCAUUGAAAACUGGGUGACACUUUACUGUAGGGUACUGUUCAUAAGGCUACACAACACCUACAUAAGCUUGUCAUGACAACUGACAUAGCCCUGCUGAAAUGUAUAUAAAUGCUUAUUCCAAUAGGCAUCGUCUGUCAUAAAAGUUACUUACUAACUGAUCAAAAUUGGCAAAUGCAACCUGCAUAGCGAAUGACAUCUAUUGGCAUAAGUGUUUAUAACAAUUUCUGUAGGGUUAUGUCAGUUGUCAUGACAAGCUCAUGUAGGUAUCAUAAAGCCUUUUGACCAGGUGCCCUACAGUAAAGUGUUACUGAAAACUGUAUACAACAAAAAAUGGUGAUAAAUUCAUGCAUAAUGAAAUUAAAUCAACCAACACAAGUGAAAAUGAUUUUUAGGAAUAAAUUACUGAUGUAAAAAAGUUCAAAUCAAAUCAAAUUUAUUUGUAGUGCUUUUUACAUCGGAUGUUGUCACA